AUGGGCCUUGGCGGAAGAAUAGGCAAUGUCUCCCUUGCCAGUCCUACUUUCAGAGAGGCCUCUCAGGCGGCUUGCAGGGCUUGUGCCACAAAUGGACGCCUGAGCCAAAACGCCCCAACUCCCUCUAGACGCCGGGCUCGGUCGUCCUCCGAUGAUUCUGACUCUGACAAUCAGCCGCUAUCUCAGAGACAUCGGCGCCGAGCCCCUCGCCCGAUGUCCGACUCCGGCCCAUCAUCUAUCCCUUCUCCUCCUCCAAAUGUAGCUGCCUCUCCUACAUCCCCUCAGGCGACUCCACCUUCAAUCCCGAGCCAUGUGGCUGAUCCUCCUACUUCAUCCAAUAAUCAGGCUGAGCCCCCAUCGGCUCCCCCUGCCACCUCACAGCACGCUCAGGACGAUGAAGCUGGCCCCUCAGAAUGA